AUGGGAUCACUUUUGGCUGAUCAGGGAGAGCCACCUCAAUUCCUACAAAUUUACUUUCUCGCUGACUACAACGAGCAGGUUGAUGCGCGUCUCGACAUUCUGCCUAGCGAUAUUUCCAUCGGUCCCCGUAGAGAUAUUCUGUUCCGUCUACAAGACAUGCUUCACGAAACUAACAGUCACAUCCGAAGCUUAAAGUUUGCGUUGCAAAACAACACUUCGCCCUCUUUCAGCGUUGUCAUCGAUGCAGACAGACGGCCUCACGGUGAUCAUGAGCGUCGCUUCAAUGCUCCUGCAUGUAAUGAAAUCGGCGCCGUCAUCCAUGGUGAGGAGCAUAAAAGCCGUGACAUUGUCAUAAGGUACCGGGGCAGUGGUCUGCGCCGCUUCAGUGAUACCCACCGUCCAUACGAUGGUCUCCAGUACAUCCUUUUUCUAUACGGAAGCGAUGGGCACCACUUCAAAAUCCCUAUAUACUAG